GAGGGACGCCUUUACAAUGGGCAGGCACAUUGGGAUAAGCUCCAGAGCUCUAGAUCUGAUGCCUACUUCGUACCGUUUGCUGUUUGUGUCAUAUCCAGGUACCCAUAUUUCAACGCCUUGAAGGACUGUUUGUCUUGUUUGUUGCUACGGCUGAAGCCUUACAAAGAGUCAGAAGUCGAGGAACAUAUAAAAGAAUUUGCCGCAAAGUUAUCUCUGAUACCCAGGCCUCCUCCUGGGCAACUUCAUCUGGAAGCUGACGACUUAAUUCUAAUCAACAUCGAUACUGGCGAUAUCGCUCAAUCCAUGUCCUCUGAAGAGGAAACCGACAUUCCAGAUGUUCCAGCAGAAGCAGCCAGAGUUUUUAUAGCAAGAUCUGAAAACCUUCAGUUGCACUACGACCUUGAGCUCUGCCAUCUGGGCACCUCCACGGACUUCAUCGACAUCCAAGGGCGACGGAGAAGCUGGCAGCGCAAGCUGAACUCUGAAAUUCAACAGAUUGCUCUGCAGCUAAUCGUCAAUAUCUUUAAGGAGGUGAAAGAUCAUUUGAACUAUGAACACAGAGUAUUUAACAGUGAAGAAUUCUUAAAGACAAGAGCAAUAAAUGAUCAGCCUUUUUACAGAAAGGUACUGGAAACGUACAUGUUCCACUUUUUUCUCAAAGCUCGCCUUAACCGAAGGAUGGAUGCCUUCGCUUACCUAGAGCAGAGCACCCAAAAUGAAGAAGACAGAUUCAACUUCCUGGUUGGGAAUCCGAGAAGGCUAACGAUGGAGAAAAUGAUUUCUAAAAGAUUUAAUCCUCAGUUCAUGCUCAGCAGGCGGAUGGGGGUGAGUCUGCCUGAUCUGCACGACAUUAAGCAGAGCGACGGCCCAACGAGGAAUUUAUCCCUUCGGAGCGUAAACACUACACAAGCGAAAAGAUCGAUUUCGAAACCCAUCAGCACUUUCAAGAUUCCAGAGAUCCAUUUGCCACUGCUGGGUCAGUGCGUCCAGUCCUAUUACGUCGAUUUUAGUAAUCAACUCAACAGAGCCAUCACCAUUUUAUCUCCAGAGAAUUCUGCACUUCUGGCCAGAUAUUUCUACCUUCGGGGACUUAUAAGUCUGAUGCAAAGAAAAUUCCUAAAUGCCCUUUCGGACUUCCAAAACCUGUACAAGACGGACAUCGGGAUAUUCCCCACGGACCUCGUGAGAAAAAUGAUCGAGAGUCUCCCACCCCAGGAUCGCUCCCAGGCAGACCAGAAACCCGAACUGAAGAGGUUGAUCAGUCAUCUGCUGGACAAACAGAGGGAGGUCACCAAAACCGACGACCACGUGAAGAAGUUUGAGCUGCCAAAAACUCACAUGCAGGUGAACGACUUCGUGAAGCGCAUCCAGGAAUCCGGGAUUGUCAAAGAUACUGACACGAUCCACCGGUUGUUUGACGCCUUAACCGUAGGGCAGCAAAAACAAAUUGACCCGGAAACAUUUAAAGAUUUUUAUACCUACUGGAAGGAAACAGAAGCAGAAGCCCAGGAUGUCGCCUUGCCGCCCAGAGUCAUGGAACACCUGGACAAAAACGAAUGUGUUUACAAGUUAUCCAACUCGGUGAAAACGAACAAAGGAGUUGGCAAAAUCGCACUGACCCCGAAACGCCUGUUUCUCUUGAUGGAAGGCGCUUGUCCCGGCUAUCAAGAGAUCGCAACAUUCAGGGAUAUAGAGGAAGUGAGGAAUAGCACUGUCACUUUUCUUCUCCUCAAGAUUCCCACCCUGAAGAUAAAAGUCAAGUACAAAAAGGAUGUUUUUGAAGCAAAUCUGAAGUCCGAGUGUGAUCUUUGGCACUUGAUGGUGAAAGAGAUGUGGGCUGGGAAGAAAAUGGCAGAUGAUCACAAGGAUCCACAGUACCUUCAACAAGCCCUCACCAACGUCCUUCUGAUGGACGCCGUAGUGGGUUCUCUGCAGUCCUCCAAAAUUAUCUAUGCUGCUUCGAAGCUAUCUUACUUUGACAGGAUGAAGAACGAAGGGCCCAUGAUGGUUCCCAAAACAACUUCUGAAACACUAAAGCAUAAGAUCAACCCAUCAGCUGAUGAAACCUUCCCACAAGCAGUGGAAGUCUUGCUGUACACACCAGGGCAGCUGGAACCCACAGAAAAACAUGGAGAAGCCCAUCCAAAAUUAUGGUGCGCUUUGAACGGAGGGAAAGUUGUGGUCUUCGAUGCAUCAACGUGGUCCCUACAGCAUUCUUUUAAAGUGGGGAACUCCAAACUG